GUUGUAUUUUGUGGGUGUGGACGUCACUACCGGUUUAUUAGUUUUACCCAGAUUAGCCACCACAGGAAAGUGACGCAUUUUUUGGUAUAGCUGGCUGCUUCAAUUGCUCAAUAACUUCUAUUUAAUCUGAUUGUGAUGGCCAAGAGAAACGCGGAGAGCACGCUGCACGAGCUCUCCCCUAAGAAACACCGUCCUCUAUUUCACAGUAUUGACAUACAGGUGGACAGCAUGGCUUCAGUCGGAGGUGUGCCAUCCCUCCUAGCAUUGUUGGGAAACCGUUGCAGAAAGAGGCCGCACUGCUUUGACGAUGAAGAGACCCCAGAGGAAAAAGACACGGGCUUUUGUCUUAGGACUGCAGUCGGCCACCCGAGGAAGCACGUGGCGAAUGUUUUGACGGAACCGAUCUCUGGAAGUUUCCAGGAUCUUCGCAGCUCCUUCGCUUUCACAAACAAGAAACGAUCUCGGAAGGAUUUCGUUCGGUCGGAAGCAGCAAUUUCUCAAGAAAAAAAUAAAGCAGUUGACAUCUCGCAGAGUGAAGACUGCACAUACAACUCCUUCCACUUUUGGAGAGUCCCCUUACCUGAACUUGACCUUUCCCUGCUGGAUGAUGGUCCUGGGGCAGAUUCCAAGACAAAGGAACACUCAAAAAUCAGUGACUCAUGUUCAGAUGCCAUGGAGAGUUGAAGAUAAAAAGUUAACCAUUCCUAAUACAUACGUAUAUCUAUUUGACCCAUUUUCACAAUCGAUGGACAUGGUGAAGACAGGGUCAGACACCUUAAAACCAAAACACAGAGGCAAGUUUAUCCUGCCUGUUAAGUUCUUGGUGUUGCUGACUUAAAUGGGAACUUCUUAAGCAGCAGAUCAUCUACCAGCAGAUUUAACAGCUUUGUGUGAGCCACUAAAGCGUUUGAUGCUUUGUAGUCAACCUGCUACUAGUGUUAUCCAAAUGCUGUAUCAGUUUUGUUAAUAAUAAAAAAAGUCUUUGUAUUAAACCGU